UACCGCAUGUUCCAUCAGGGCCGCAGUGUCCGCAUGCCAGAAAGCUGUGUGCCUAAAAAACGCUGUGGUACUCAUGGGCCCCUGUGGCUGAAAAGUCCACACCCCGAUCUAGAGGACGGGAUUGUGACCAGGGAGGUGUGUGGAAACUGGCGAAGUUGUUGCAGCCACAAGUCGCCGCCAAUCCGUGUGAAAAUGUGUCCCGGAAACUACGCAGUUUAUGAACUAGUGGCCACUACAGUAUGCCAUUAUGCAUACUGUGCAGAUAUGACCCUGCUAACAACUCCUGUUUCAGCAAUCCCAUCUCCAAGCGCACCAGGUAUCUCCUUGAGGUUGGCUGGAAGCAGUACUAACUGCUCAGGUAGAGUGGAGGUGUACCACAGUGGCCAGUGGGGCACUGUGUGUGAUGACGACUGGGGUAUGCAGGAUGCUGAGGUGGUGUGUAGACAGCUGGGAUGUGGACGUGCACUUUCUGCCCCGGGGGGAGCCCACUUUGGCAGGGGCAGUGGACAGAUCUGGCUGGAUAAUGUGGGCUGCUCCGGGACUGAAAAAUCCCUCACAGCAUGCCGCAACAAUGGCUUUGGAAGGCAUGACUGUGGCCAUGGUGAAGAUGCUGGUGUGGUGUGCUCAGGAAGCAGCUCUGUCAGGCUGGUUGGUGGCAGAAGAAGGUGCUCAGGUAGAGUGGAGAUCUACCACAGUGGCCAGUGGGGCACUGUGUGUGAUGACCACUGGGACAUGCAGGAUGCUGAGGUGGUCUGUAGACAGCUGGGAUGUGGAAAUGCUACAUCCGCCCCUAAGGAAGCCCACUUUGGCCAGGGAAGUGGACGUAUCUGGUUGGAUGAUGUUGGCUGUUCAGGAGCUGAAAAAUCUAUUGUAGAGUGCUCCAGUAGUCUCAUUGGAACAAAUAAUUGUAACCAUGGUGAAGAUGCUGGUGUGGUUUGCUCAGACGUGUCUCCUGAUGCCACAGCUUCCGCACCAACUCCUACACCUGUAGAGGCAGACCCUUGUGACCACUACACUGCGCUGAAUGACACCUGGAGGGCCACUACCAACCAGGACCAGUCAGCCCUCAAGUGUGACCGUGACGUCCAAUGGCAGGGCUGGUACCGCAUGUUCCAUCAGGGCCGCAGUGUCCGCAUGCCAGAAAGCUGUGUGCCUAAAAAACGCUGUGGUACUCAUGGGCCCCUGUGGCUGAAAAGUCCACACCCCGAUCAAGAGGACGGGAUCGUGACCAGGGAGGUGUGUGGAAACUGGCGAAGUUGUUGCAGCCACAAGUCGCCGCCAAUCCGUGUGAAAAUGUGUCCCGGAAACUACGCAGUUUAUGAACUAGUGGCCACUACAACCUGCCAUUAUGCGUACUGUGCAGAUAUGACCCUGCUAUCAACUCCUAUUCCAGCAACCCAAUCUCCAAGCGCACCAGGAAAUUCCUUGAGGUUGGUUGGAGGCAGUACUAACUGCUCGGGUAGAGUGGAGGUGUACCACAAUGGCCAGUGGGGCACUGUUUGUGAUGACGACUGGGGUAUGCAGGAUGCUGAGGUGGUGUGUAGACAGCUGGGAUGUGGACGUGCAGUUUCUGCCCCAGGGAAAGCCCACUUUGGCAUGGGCAGUGGAGAGAUCUGGCUGGAUAGUGUGGGCUGCUCCGGGACUGAAAAAUCCCUCACAGCAUGCCGCAACAACGGCUUUGGAAGGCAUGACUGUGGCCACGGUGAAGAUGCUGGUGUGGUGUGCUCAGGUUAGUGAAUGUUCCACUGAAUUCUUCUACCUGUCAGACAUUCAGGAGGAUGAACAUUGACAUCUUCUGUUUUCAAUGAAGGAAUCAGCUCUGUCAGGCUGGUUGGUGGCAGAAGCAGGUGCUCAGGUAGAGUGGAGAUCUACCACAGUGGCCAGUGGGGCACUGUUUGUGAUGAUGACUGGGGCAUGCAGGAUGCUGAAGUGGUAUGUAGACAGCUGGGAUGUGGAAAUGCUACAUCCGCCCCAAGGGGAGCCCACUUUGGCCAGGGAAGUGGACGUAUCUGGUUGGAUGAUGUUGGCUGUUCAGGAGCUGAAAAAUCCCUUAUUGAGUGCUCCAGUAGUCUCAUUGGAACAAAUAAUUGUAACCAUGGUGAAGAUGCUGGUGUGGUUUGCUCAGCUGUAGAGGCAGACCCUUGUGACCACUACACUGCGCUGAAUGACACCUGGAGGGCCACUACCAACCAGGACCAGUCAGCCCUCAAGUGUGACCGUGACGUCCAAUGGCAGGGCUGGUACCGCAUGUUCCAUCAGGGCCGCAGUGUCCGCAUGCCAGAAAGCUGUGUGCCUAAAAAACGCUGUGGUACUCAUGGGCCCCUGUGGCUGAAAAGUCCACACCCCGAUCUAGAGGACGGGAUCGUGACCAGGGAGGUGUGUGGUAGCUGGGAUAGUUGUUGCAGCUACAAGUCGCCGCGAAUCCGUGUGAAAAUGUGUCCCGGAAACUACGCAGUUUAUGAACUAGUGGCCACUACAACCUGCCAUUAUGCGUACUGUGCAGAUAUGACCCUGCUAACAACUCCUAUUCCAGCAACCCCAUCUCCAAGCACACCAGACGUGUCUCCUGAUGCCACAGCUUCAGCACCAACUCCUACACCUGUAGAGGCAGACCCUUGUGACCACUACACUGCGCUGAAUGACACCUGGAGGGCCACUACCAACCAGGACCAGUCAGCCCUCAAGUGUGACCGUGACGUCCAAUGGCAGGGCUGGUACCGCAUGUUCCAUCAGGGCCGCAGUGUCCGCAUGCCAGAAAGCUGUGUGCCUAAAAAACGCUGUGGUACUCAUGGGCCCCUGUGGCUGAAAAGUCCACACCCCGAUCUAGAGGACGGGAUCGUGACCAGGGAGGUGUGUGGUAGCUGGGAUAGUUGUUGCAGCUUCAAGUCGCCGCCAAUCCGUGUGAAAAUGUGUCCAGGAAACUUUGCAGUUUAUGAAAUGGUGGCCACUACAACCUGCCAUUAUGCGUACUGUGCAGAUAUUACCCUGGCAACGACUCCUGCUCCAGCAACCCUAUCUCCAAGCACUUCAGCUGGAGAGGCAGACCCUUGUGACCACUACACUGCGCUGAAUGACACCUGGAGGGCCACUACCAAUCAGGACCAGUCAGCCCUCAAGUGUGACAGUGACGUCCAAUGGCAGGGCUGGUACCGCAUGUUCCAUCAGGGCCGCAGUGUCCGCAUGCCAGAAAGCUGUGUGCCUAAAAAACGCUGUGGUACUCAUGGGCCCCUGUGGCUGAAAAGUCCACACCCCGAUCUAGAGGACGGGAUUGUGACCAGGGAGGUGUGUGGUAACUGGCGAAGUUGUUGCAGCUACGAGUCGCCGCCAAUCCGUGUGAAAAUGUGUCCAGGAAACUACGCAGUUUAUGAACUAGUGGGCCCUACAGGCUGUCAUUAUGCGUACUGUACAGAUAUGACCCUGCUAACAACUCCUGCUCCAGUGGCCCCAUCUCCAAGCGCCGAAGGAAAUUCCUUGAGGUUGGCUGGAGGCAGUACUAACUGCUCGGGUAGAGUGGAGGUGUACCACAAUGGCCAGUGGGGCACUGUUUGUGAUGACGACUGGGAUAUGCAGGCUGCUGAGGUGGUCUGUAGACAGCUGGGAUGUGGCCGUGCAGUUUCUGCCCCUAAGGAAGCCCACUUUGGCAGGGGCAGUGGAGAGAUCUGGCUGGAUAAUGUGGGCUGCUCCGGGACUGAAAAAUCCCUCACAGCAUGCUCCAACAACGGCUUUGGAAUGCAUAAUUGUAACCAUGGUGAAGAUGCUGGUGUGGUGUGCUCAGGCAAUUAUAAGUGGGGCACUGUGUGUGAUGACAACUGGGACAUGCAGGAUGCUGAGGUGGUCUGUAGACAGUUGGGAUGUGGAAAUGCUACAUCCGCCCCUAAGGAAGCCCACUUUGGCAGGGGAAGUGGAAGUAUCUGGUUGGAUGAUGUCAGCUGCUCAGGAGCUGAAAAAAAUCUUGUGGAGUGCUCCAGUAGUCGCAUUGGAAUAAAUAAUUGUAACCAUGGUGAAGAUGCUGGUGUAGUUUGCUCAGACGUGUCUCCUGAUGCCACAGCUUCAGCACCAACUCCUACACAUGUUUCUUCGGAUGCCACAGCUUUAGCACCGACUCCUACACCUGUAGAGGCAGACCCUUGUGACCACUACACUGCGCUGAAUGACACCUGGAGGGCCACUACCAACCAGGACCAGUCAGCCCUCAAGUGUGACCGUAACGUCCAAUGGCAGGGCUGGUACAGCAUGUUCCAUCAGGGCCGCAGUGUCCGCAUGCCAGAAAGCUGUGUGCCUAAAAAACGCUGUGGUACUCAUGGGCCCCUGUGGCUGAAAAGUCCACACCCCGAUCUAGAGGACGGGAUUGUGACCAGGGAGGUGUGUGGUAGCUGGGAUAGUUGUUGCAGCUACGAGUCGCCAUCUAUCCGUGUGAAAAUGUGUCCAGGAAACUACGCAGUUUAUGAACUAGUGGCCACUACAACCUGCCAUUAUGCGUACUGUGCAGAUAUUACCCUGGCAACAACUCCUGCUCCAGAAACCCUAUCUCCAAGCACUUCAGCUGGAGAGGCAGACCCUUGUGACCACUACACUGCGCUGAAUGACACCUGGAGGGCCACUACCAACCAGGACCAGUCAGCCCUCAAGUGUGACCGUGACGUCCAAUGGCAGGGCUGGUACCGCAUGUUCCAUCAGGGCCGCAGUGUCCGCAUGCCAGAAAGCUGUGUGCCUAAAAGUCGUUGUGGUACUCAUGGACCCCUGUGGCUGAAAAGUCCACACCCCGAUCUAGAAGACGGGAUUGUGACCAGGGAGGUGUGUGGUAACUGGCGAAGUUGUUGCAGCUACGAGUCGCCGCCAAUCCGUGUGAAAAUGUGUCCAGGAAACUACGCAGUUUAUGAACUAGUGGGACCUACAGUCUGUCAUUAUGCGUACUGUGCAGAUAUGACCCUGCUAACAACUCCUGCUCCAGUGGCCCCAUCUCCAAGCGCUGAAGGAAAUUCCUUGAGGUUGGCUGGAGGCAGUACUAACUGCUCGGGUAGAGUGGAGGUGUACCACAAUGGCCAGUGGGGCACUGUUUGCGAUGACAACUGGGAUAUGCAGGCUGCUGAGGUGGUCUGUAGACAGCUUGGAUGUGGACGUGCAGUUUCUGCCCCUAAGGAAGCCCACUUUGGCAGGGGCAGUGGAGAGAUCUGGCUGGAUAAUGUGGGCUGCUCCGGGACUGAAAAAUCCCUCACAGCAUGCUCCAACAACGGCUUUGGAAGGCAUAAUUGUAACCAUGGUGAAGAUGCUGGUGUGGUGUGCUCAGGAAUCAACUCUGUCAGGCUGGUUGGUGGCAGAAGCAGGUGCUCAGGUAGAGUGGAGAUCUACCACAGUGGCCAGUGGGGCACUGUGUGUGAUGACAACUGGGACAUGCAGGAUGCUGAGGUGGUCUGUAGACAGCUGGGAUGUGGAAAUGCCACAUCCGCCCCUAAGGAAGCCCACUUUGGCAGGGGCAGUGGAAGUAUCUGGUUGGAUGAUGUCAGCUGCUCAGGAGCUGAAAAAAUUCUUGUGGAGUGCUCCAGUAGUUACAUUGGAACAAGUGAUUGUAACCAUGAUGAAGAUGCUGGUGUGGUUUGCUCAGGAAUCAACUCUGUCAGGCUGGUUGGUGGCAGAAGCAGGUGUUCAGGUAGAGUGGAGAUCUACCACAAUGGCACAUGGGGCACUGUGUGUGAUGACUACUGGGACAUGCAGGAUGCUGAAGUGGUCUGCAGACAGCUGGGAUGUGGAAAUGCUAUAUACGCCCCGAGGGAAGCCCACUUUGGCAGGGGCAGUGGACGUAUCUGGUUGGAUGAUGUUGGCUGCUCAGGAGCUGAAAAAUCUCUUGUAGAGUGCUCCAGUAGUCACAUUGGAGAAAAUAAUUGUAACCAUGGUGAAGAUGCUGGUGUAGUUUGCUCAGUAAUCUCCCUGAGGUUGGCUGGAAGCAGUUCCAACUGCUCAGGUACAGUGGAGGUGUACCACAAUGGCCAGUGGGGCACUGUGUGUGAUGACGACUGGGGCAUGGAGGAUGCUAAAGUGGUGUGCAGACAGCUGGGAUGCGGACGAGCAGUUUUUGCCCCAAUUGAAGCCCACUUUGGCAGGGGCAGUGGACAGAUCUGGCUGGAUAAUGUGGGCUGCUCCGGGACUGAAAAAUCCCUCACAGCAUGUCCCAACAACGGCUUUGGAAGGCAUGACUGUAACCAUGGUGAAGAUGCUGGUGUGGUGUGCUCAGGUUAAAGGGGAGACAGCUCGGACAUCCGGCUGGUUGGUGGCAGAAGCAGGUGCUCAGGUAGAGUGGAGAUCUACCACAGUGGCCAGUGGGGCACUGUGUGUGAUGACAACUGGGACAUGCAGGAUGCUGAGGUGGUCUGUAGACAGCUGGGAUGUGGAAAUGCUACAUCCGCCCCAGGGGAAGCCCACUUUGGCAGGGGCAGUGGAAGUAUCUGGUUGGAUAAUGUCGGCUGCUCAGGAGCUGAAAAAUCCCUUGUACAGUGCUCCAGUAGUAGCAUUGGAACAAAUGAUUGUAACCAUGGUGAAGAUGCUGGUGUAGUUUGCUCAGGAAAUUCCUUGAGGUUGGCUGGAGGCAGUACUAACUGCUCGGGUAGAGUGGAGGUGUACCACAAUGGCCAGUGGGGCACUGUUUGCGAUGACGACUGGGAUAUGCAGGCUGCUGAGGUGGUCUGUAGACAGCUUGGAUGUGGACGUGCAGUUUCUGCCCCUAAGGAAGCCCACUUUGGCAGGGGCAGUGGAGAGAUCUGGCUGGAUAAUGUGGGCUGCUCCGGGACUGAAAAAUCCCUCACAGCAUGCUCCAACAACGGCUUUGGAAGGCAUAAUUGUAACCAUGGUGAAGAUGCUGGUGUGGUGUGCUCAGGAAUCAACUCUGUCAGGCUGGUUGGUGGCAGAAGCAGGUGCUCAGGUAGAGUGGAGAUCUACCACAAUGGCACAUGGGGCACUGUGUGUGAUGACGACUGGGACAUGCAGGAUGCUGAGGUGGUCUGUAGACAGCUGGGAUGUGGAAAUGCCACAUCCGCCCCUAAGGAAGCCCACUUUGGCAGGGGCAGUGGAAGUAUCUGGUUGGAUGAUGUCAGCUGCUCAGGAGCUGAAAAAAUUCUUGUGGAGUGCUCCAGUAGUUACAUUGGAACAAGUGAUUGUAGCCAUGGUGAAGAUGCUGGUGUGGUUUGCUCAGACGUGUCUCCUGAUGCCACAGCUUCAGCACCAACUCCUACACAUGUUUCUUCGGAUGCCACAGCUUUAGCACCAACUCCUACACCUGUAGAGGCAGACCCUUGUGACCACUACACUGCGCUGAAUGACACCUGGAGGGCCACUACCAACCAGGACCAGUCAGCCCUCAAGUGUGACCGUGACGUCCAAUGGCAGGGCUGGUACCGCAUGUUCCAUCAGGGUCGCAGUGUCCGCAUGCCAGAAAGCUGUGUGCCUAAAAAACGCUGUGGUACUCACGGGCCCCUGUGGCUGAAAAGUCCACACCCCGAUCUAGAGGACGGGAUUGUGACCAGGGAGGUGUGUGGUAGCUGGGAUAGUUGUUGCAGCUACAACUCGCCAUCUAUCCGUGUGAAAAUGUGUCCAGGAAACUACGCAGUUUAUGAACUAGUUGCCACUACAGCCUGCCAUUAUGCAUACUGUGCAGACAUGGCUCUUGCAACUACUAGUGCUCCCACCACCCCAGUUCCAACAACUCCAAUUACAUUGUCAAAACCACUUAUCUCACUUCAAACUGGAAGAACAGCAACUAAGGGUCAGUCUGUCCAGAUGAGCUGCUCCAUCUCCACUCAGUACCUGGGGGGCACAUUCACCCUACAGCAGCUCUCUGGCUCAUACAGAGAGACAAAGGCAGCCUCAGGAUCCUCUGCUGAUUUCACCAUCCCUCAGGUGGACUUUGUUCAUGAAGGAUCCUACUACUGCCAGUACCAAACACGAGUUUCUGGGCGUAACUUCACCUCCGCUCAUAGUGACUCAGUGAGCUUCUCUGUGACUGUACUUUUGGAGAGACCACUUCUCACACUUGAAAUGAGGAAUCAGCCAGCUUGGGGUCAGUCUGUCCAGAUGAGCUGCUCCAUCUCCACUCAGUACCUGGGUGGCACAUUCACCCUACAGCAGCUCUCUGGCUCAUACAGAGAGACAAAGGCAGCCUCAGGAUCCUCUGCUGAUUUCACCAUCCGUCAGGUGGACUUUGUCCAUGAAGGAUCCUACUACUGCCAGUACCAUACACCAGUGUCCAAUCGUAACUUCACCUCUUCUCGCAGUAAUUCUGUCACCUUCUCUGUAGUGGUGCCCCUGCCACAGCCUGCCAUAGUUGCCAGAGGCCCAGAUGGAGAGCUGUCAUGGGGGACACAUGGCCCAGAGGUCCCCCGGGGUCAAAGCUUCUCCAUCGUCUGCUCCAUCCAGUCACAGUACCCAGGAGGCUCUUUCCACCUCGUCUCUGAUGACUCAAAGGAAAUCAUGACUGAGCCAGCAGUUGAUCAGUCAGCCUCUUUUUCCUUUGCUGAGGCAGACUUCUCUGAUGAGGGAAACUACAGCUGCUUCUACGAGGUUAUAUUGUCCACACGUGCCCAAACCACUCGUCAUUUCACCUCUUCGAGAACAAAUGACCUGCAUAUAAAAAUUAGAGAGCUGACCCGGUCAUCUACACAAAGUUCUGUUUAUUACGCUGUGAUACCUGGACUUGUACUCUCAUUGAUCCUACUCGCUGUAUUAUGGCUGAGGAGAAAGAAGAAGCAGCAUAUGUAUAUGAUGAACAACUCAGAGUACUGGCCAAUGACAACCUAUGACAACUCUUCUAAAUUGGCCGAAGAUCAGUGAAGCACGCAUAAUAUCAUCAUGAGU